UGAAGCUUGUUGUUGUUGUUACUUUUCACUGUUGUUGUUGAUUAUCAUGUCGUGUUGAGAUAUUAAAGUUUUCCGUCCAGUCUGGCUCAGUGUUAUCUUUUAUGGCAAACAGGGUAUGUUACGGCUGCAUCACAGGCUACUGAUAAGAAGGCGCCCUCAAAUAUAGAAGGUACUGUCCACAGCACCUUGGCCGACAUUAUUGGACCAGAUGAGGUUGUUGCUGAUGUGAACAAUUUCAAUAAUCAUGGCUGACUCUGAAUCACGAAACAUGCUGGCCCAAAGCAACCAGGACAUAGUUGGUUCUCGCUAUGCCCUAGAAGUUGCAUUUCAAACAAUGAAGGAGCGUUGUCAAAGAUUACAACAACGUCUGGCUAAAGUUGAAGAUGAGAACUCCAAGCUACGACUACAGAAGAGAAAUGAUGAUUUAGUUGACAGUUCAAGAGGGUAUGGAGAGGGUGACAAUAUACAACGUAAAAUAGCCGAGCUGGAACGACAGAAGCAGCAGUUGACACAUCAUGUUUUAAUGGUGACUAGUGAGAAUAAGCAGCUAUGGACCAGGUUGUCUCAGUCAGCAAAAUUAAACCAGUCCCUUGGAAGUCAGCUUACAAAAAUAUCUGACACAUUGCACCGCCACUCAACAUCAACUAAUGUGACUCCGAAUCCUGUAAGCAAUGCAGCAGCUCGAGAGAUAUCCAGAAGUGGUGUAGCACCCACUCCACUACCUAGGAACAAGGAAAGCACCUCUUCAGAUCUCGAUCCUAAAACUGACAGUUUGGAGGAAAUAUCUCUGAAGCUAAUAAAUAGCUUUCUUCAAGAAAAGAGUGAAUUGGAAGACCAAUGUGCUCAGAUGACUGAGCUACGUGAAGGCGGACUGUCUCCUUCAUUCAGUGCAGACCAUCUUGGCUUUUCCAUAGCAAGCAGUAAUGGUUCAGCUGGUGCAGAUGGUGAACUUAUAGAUCCAUUAUUGCUUCCGCAAGUUCAGCAACUUCAAAUGUCUUUGCUUUCAAUGCAGCAAGACCUUAUUGAGCAGCAAGAAGCCAUGAAAGAUGCUGUUACAAAUCUCUUGAAGUUAAGAGAUGGUGGUGUAAAAUGCCAAGCUUGUGUUGAGCGAGCCCAAACCGCUCAAACAAAAGCUUCAGAAGAGGCUACAAAGAUGAGCACCGCCACUACAACUCGGUUUGAAAGUGCAAACAUUGCUGAGCCAGAAUCACUAGGAGACUCUGCUGAUGAAGAAAUCAAAGAACAAUUACAGAGGAUCCCUGAGGACUCAAAUAAAAUUGACCAUUCCCACCCUGCUCAAAAUGCUAGGGUCUGUCCAAUAUGUGGAAGAUUUUAUCCAAGUUCUGUUACAUUUGGGGAAUUUCACCGCCAUGUUGUUAACCACUUUGAGGAAGAAGAGAAACAUGGCUUUCUACUCUUGUAAUGUUAUUCUGAGUAUAGAGUGAACUUUUUAUAACUUUAACCACUGAAAUCUUAUCAUACCGGUAAUUGUAUUUGGGGAACGAAACAGUUUUUAAUAUUUACUGUCUCGAUACCUUCAAUACUACUUCCUCUAAUAACUGAGUUAUUUAAAAAUUAAUUACCUAUUGCCAGAGUAUCUUUACUUUGUUUUUCUUCUCUAUAUCUUUGAGAUGUUAGAAAAAUUUAUCAUAUUUUACAGCACCACAUGUUCACAUUUUUUUUUUCCCUUUUGGAAAAGUGUUUAACUGGUGCACAGGGUGCUUUUUGUUGGCCUCAUAAAUUUGUUUAUGAAUGCAUCUCUCCUCUAGAAUUUAGACAGCAACUGUGAUUACAUUUCAUUAAUCCAUUGUUUAUUAUCAAAUGUAUGAUAUGUUAAUUUUGUUGUGUGGAAUAUAAUUUAUUAAGUGGUAUGAUAGUUACCAUCCCUGACAUUACUGUUUUCUUAUCCUCUUAGGAGUUCUGACGUUGAAUAUUUGAAAAACUGAAUAAUUUAUUUUGCUAUUCAAAAUGAUCUCUUUUGUCUCUGCUCAUUCUAAUAGAAUUAAUUAGACUUCAUCAACUGUACUAUUAGAUGUUUGUUGUGUAUCCUGUAUAUUCUUUAUAUCCAGAAAUUACUUGAUGUAGAAACCAAAAUUAAUUCAGGAUUUUUUUCUAUAAAAUGUAAAACAUUGAA